UCUUCGGAAAGCUUCUUGUCAGCACCGCGGCACUGGGCUGCAAGCCGUGAGGCCUCAGGGUUCACCUGAAGCGCCACAGCGGUGUCGCGGGCGGGAGCCGGGCGCAUAGGAGGCUGGGAGGAGCGGCGGGCGGGGCCACGCUCAGGACCGCGCGCCAGCGCAGUGCGCUCACGGGGCGGGCCCAGAGACAGUCAGGUUGUGGUUCCGGUUCCGUCGCGGAGACACGUGAAGGUCGGUGAGUUGGUACGGAGUUCGUCUCGGCAAGCGUGGCGGCGCUGGGAUGGAUUCCUCUUCGUCUUCGUCCGCGGCGGGUUUGGGCUCGGUGGACCCUCAGCUGCAACAUUUCAUCGAGGUGGAGACUCAGAAGCAGCGUUUCCAGCAACUGGUGCACCAGAUGACGGAACUUUGUUGGGAGAAGUGCAUGGACAAGCCUGGGCCAAAGUUGGACAGUCGGGCUGAGGCCUGUUUUGUGAACUGUGUUGAGCGCUUCAUUGAUACAAGCCAGUUCAUCUUGAAUCGACUGGAACAGACCCAGAAAUCCAAGCCAGUUUUCUCAGAAAGCCUUUCUGACUAAUCUCAGCAUUACGUCUUUGGAAAAGGAAGGUACUUCAAGAAAUGAAGAGCGGUUGAUGGGAUAAUUAAAGAAAAGGCUAUGGGGGAAUUGGCUCCCACCUUUGUCACUCUUGGGACAUCCUGUCAUCUGAGAAUGAACAAAGACCAAUAUGUGUGUGUGUGCGCGUGCGCACGUGUGUGUGUGGGGGGGGUGGGUUUUGAGGGUCAUAUGUAUACUUGGUUGUGUUUUUUAAUGCUAAUCUUGUGAAAACAAUUGACAGAUGAAUGGAAAACUCUAAUAGAUGCAUAUUACUGUAUGUGGGACUGUGCUUUCUCAAAGUCCCAGUAACUGCUCCGUAUAAUUUUGAUAGUGGAACUGCUUUCUAUAAUUUGAUUGUGGGACCACAUAAGGUAAAAUCUGUCAUUUGUGUGGAUUCAUUUCGGAUUUCUGGGGAGAUUGGAUAUACACCUUUUGUCUCUCAGAAAGGACAGCAGUGGGAGAAGAGUAAUUUGGUACUUAACUGUAGGCCUCCUUAUCUAGUGUUUUGACUAUCAGUGCUGGAAAAAAAUCUAUGGGAUAUUUAAACAAUACACUGAGCUUUCUAGAUUCUCCCCUUCCCUUACGCUGUGACUUACUUUAAUGUGUAAGGUAUGGUCUCAAGGUAGUACAGGUAGCCUGAGUGUCUAGAGACCUUUAGUUAUAAAGGAAUCUAGCAGGUGAGCAUAAUUCUCAUUACUAAACUGCCACAAGGAAGAAGCUUACUUACCCUGUAUAUCAGAGUCCAAAAUAUUCAAAGAUGUGCCUAAAUAGGUGAUAAAGAUUUAGGCCAGUCAGAAACUAACAGCAGUUUCAAGUAGAGAUGCAUGCCUAAUGUUAAUCAGCGUAGACUCCAUUUACUGCAUUCUUUUGAUCACUGAAAUAAAGGCUUCUACAAAAUUCAA